GGACGCGCCACUUUAAAACGUCGCAUCAUCAUCAUUCGACCUGCAUCCGAUGACGAGCGCGGAUGAUGCUGCGCUCCUGGCGCUCUUGACGGGCGACGACGUCCUGACGCUGCACAGCGACGAGAGCUCGCACGCGGCCAACGACAGCGACGACGUCCUCGAGGUGGUCGACGACGACAACGUGGACGUCCAUGAUCUCUCUGCCUUUCUUGCCGAGCUGCCCGCCUUUGGCCCAGUCCCAGCCGCGCCGACAAAGAAGCGCCGCGCGCACGACGGGCCCAAGGAAGAGAUAGCCUACUUGCGUCAAAAGCAACUCGCCCUCGCGACGCAGCUCGUGCGGCUCACGCAGGCCACGAGCAUCGUCGACUCGGACAAUGGCGCGUGGCAGCGGCGCGCCGUCAACCAACAGCACGCGGUGCAGCGAGCGCUUCAAGAAAACGCACGCUUGCGCGAGCUCCUCGAGGGCCAGCUCAAGCUGGUCCAAGCCCUCGAGCGCGUGCUCAUCAAGCGGCCGCGGCUCUCGCUUUUUCCCAAAUGCUCGGCGCUCGACGCCGUCUUGGGUAUCGCGGAGCGGGAAGCGUCUUUGGAAGCGCUCUUCCAGGCGCAGUACGACACGCUCGAGAUGCACUGGGUGCGUCACGGCCUCUUUCAGUACACUGACAGUGGUGACGCGACACGCAAGGCCAACAUUGAGAGCUUGGCAUUUGGUGGUACAAUGCACCUCAAUUCGCUCCUUGGGACGCCCUGCUCGCUUCCUUUUAUGGCCUUGAGCGACAUUCUCUGGGACCUCAUGACGAACGAGGUGGCGCCGUCGUGCCAGCUUCUCGAAGAAUUUCAUCCGCAGCUGCGCUAUCUCCGCUACGACAUGGAACUGCACGAUUCCAAGCUCCCGACUCUCGAGUCGCGGCUCGCCCACCGGCGCUUCAACGAGCCAAACCGCGUCGUGCUAUUGACGCGCUCGAUCGUCGACGAUGGUGUAUUCCCGCACACGCCAGGCCACUUGAUCGAGAACCGAGCCACGUGGUCGGUCAUCUCGUAUAAAGGCCCCAACGAGUGCUACUUGGCAGUGUACGUGAACGUCGCGCUGCCCAUCUUCCCCGUCGAUAUUGAAGCGAUGCAGCCGGCCGCGGGGACGCUCACCGAGCUCCUUUUACAGCUCACGGCGUCCAACAGCGAGCGCUUUGGCGCGCGUGUCCAAGACGCCAUUCGUACGCGGCACCCCCACACGGUCCUUGGCCCACGUCCGAGUCUCUUGAUGCAUGGAGACAAUGCCAGGGCGACCAUGCUGUUGCCGCAGCCCGACGCCAAAAAUGUUUAAAAAUGCUGUUUGAGGUCGAUACAUGUAUUAAUGUUCUGUCAGCGCGUUUUGUGUCGACUUGUACGCGAUAAUGGCAUCGCGGAUGCGCGAUCCAAAUUUUUCG